AUGGCCUCGUUGCCGCAUCUGAGCCUGCACCCUGAUACUACUAAGGAAGAGAUCGAUCCAACGAGAAUUGUAACUCAAUGGCUUUCUUCUCUUGAAACCCAACUCAAAGACGCCACGACAUCAACAGCCAGCAAUCUCUUCCUUCCCUCCGACCUGCCCUACUGGAGAGACAUCCUUGCCCUAUCCUGGGACUGGAGCACAAAGAAGUCCUCCCAAGACAUCCUGUCACAUCUCUCAUCCUCGACUCAGGGAUUCGGUGUUCUGGAAGCUGUGACUAAGGGAGCAUUGCAACCAGCACUGGUGGAUCUGGAGGGUGCCGUAUGGAUUCAAUCGGGGUUCACGUUCCGUAAUCGAUUUGGUCAGGGUAGGGGUUUAGUUAGGUUGGUUAAUGGGGAUGAUGGGGAGUGGAGGGCUUGGACUGUUUUCACGCAGUUGGAAGGGUUGGAUGAUUAUCAGGGAACCGGGAAGGUCGUUCCGCCGGGAGACGAGCAGGACGAGUAUCAAGUUCUGGUGAUUGGAGCAGGACAAUCAGGCCUCGCGAUCGGCGCCCACCUCCAACACCAAGGACUGAAAUACCUCGUCGUAGACAAGAACCACAGAGUCGGCGACUCCUGGCGUGCACGCUACGAAUCCAUCACAACCCACACACCAACGUACUCAGAUCACUAUCCCUUCCUGCCCUAUCCAGACGACUUCCCUCAAUGGCUUGGACGAGACCGUAUCGCGGACUGGCAGGAAUACUAUGCCAAAACGAUGGAGCUCAACAUCGAGCUGGCGAUUAGAGCUGAGGUCUUUAAGUACGACGAAACCAGCAAGAAAUACACCAUCCACCUCCACGGACCAAACAACAACACGCGAGCCAUCCACUGCACCCACCUCAUCCUCGCAGCCGGCAUGUUCAGUCCCAAACCCAUCGUCCCCUCCCUCCCAAACCAAGACACCUUCACGGGCUCAGUCCACCACACCAGCCAACACACCUCCGCCUCUAAAAUCCCCAACCUCUCCUCCAAAAACGUCCUCUGCAUAGGAAGUGGAACCUCCUCGCACGACAUCGCCCAAGACUUCGUCCACGCGGGAGCCAAGAGCGUGACCAUGCUCCAGCGAACCCCCAUCGUCACCGUAACCCGCACUUCCUACAUCACCACCCAAAUGGGGUUGUGGAACACCCCCGGCAUCAGCACAGCCGAAGCAGACAUCCUGGGCAACUCCUUUCCAUUCCCCAUAAUCCGCGCUUUGAACCUCCCUGCGACGAAGAAGAUGAACGAGAUGGACACUCACCUCCUCGAGCCGAUGCAGGAGAAAGGCUAUAGAGUUUUGAAAGAUGUAGGCCUCGUCGACCAGCAAUUCCUCAAAGGCGGCCGCUUCUACAUCGAUCAAGGGGCCUGCGAAAUGAUCGCCGACGGUCGUAUCAAAAUCUUAAACUGCGAAGCAGGAAUUGAAAAGUUCACGUCCAACGGCCUCCGCCUCGCAGAUGGACGGGAACUCGAAGCGGAUAUCGUCGUUUUCGGAACGGGUUUCGAGUUGAUGGAGCAUGUCGUAGAACAAAUCAUGGGGAGUGCGAUCAAGGAGAAAGUCGGCGAUAUUGGACAUUUAGACAGUGAGGCUGAGAGGAUCGGUUGGUGGCGCCCAACCGGCAUGCCAGGCCUGUGGUACAUGACCGGUUCCUUCCUCUGGACUCGCACAUUCUCCUCCGUGCUGGCGUUGCAAAUCGCCGCGGUGGAGAGGGGGUUGAAUUCGGGGUAUUAUACUCAGGAGACGGAUGGGCGGUUGAGGAGGAAGGCAGAUUGA